AUGGCUUCUGUCCGGGUGCUCGAUCGUAUCGAACUGGAUCGAUAUGUGAUCCCGUUACGAACAAUUGCCGAAAAUCCGGAAUUCCGUACAACACAGAAAAGUCUUGAAUUCGAACUAAAUGAACAGCGUUCUGCCCGGGAAGAGGCGGCAUGGAUUUCAGAAAGCAUUUUGCCACAGCAUCAACAUAUUUUGGAUGACUUACAGGAUAUUCAGGAUCAAAUCGCUGACAAUGAAGCAGGUGUAGAAUAUCUCAUGGGUAUUACAGAAAUGGAGCACUUGUACUCGGACAUGCGACUGGAAGUAGAUCUUUGCUGGGAUAAUGUGCAACGAUAUGCCGAACUAUCAAAUAUUCAUUUGAAAAAUGCCGCCGAAUAUCAUCGCAGUACUCUAAUCCAAUUUGAACAAUUCGCUCGUGAAUCCGAAAAUUUAUCUACUAAAUCCCAUAUGAUUGUACCGAUCUACAUGCGUACCCAACCGCUGAUUGAUGAGGUUGAUGGGAUCAUGUUGUGCGACUACGAUAUGGGCGAUUUCAAAUUUCGUGCCGGUGAUCGGAUUGUGAUUGUGAGCAAUCGUGUCCCAGUCACAACNCAACAACCUACGCGCCCAUGCAUAACAGUGAUGCAUUUUCCAGCGGAACAGAAGUUCACCUAG